GAGCCAGAAAGGGAGACACCCAAUUCCUGUCCCAGACGGCUGGAAAUUGAAAGUAACUUUUUGUUACCCUUCCCGCCAGGAGCCAUGGCUGCAGAGAUCCCUGCAGAAAGUCUCUGGGAUGAACUUUCUUGUCCCAUCUGCCUGGAGUAUUUCCAAGAGCCGGUGUCUAUCCAUUGUGGGCACAACUUCUGCCGGGCCUGCAUUAGCCAGUGCUGGGAGGAGACAGAUACAAACUUCUCCUGCCCCCAGUGCAGAGAAACCGCCCAGCAGAGAAACUUUAGGCCCAGCAGGGAACUGGCGAGAGUUAUCGAAAUAGCCAGAGGGCUGAGUUUCCAGGCAGCCAAAGGCUCAGGAGGGGAGCCAGUGUGUGAAAGGCACCAGGAGGCCCUGAAACUGUUCUGCGAGGAGGAUCAAACCCCCAUCUGCGUGGUGUGUGAUAAAUCCAAGGCUCACAGAUCUCACAAGGUGGCUCCCAUAGAGGAGGCUUCCCAGGAGUACAAGGAACAAUUCCAGACCCGACUGCAGGCUCUGAUGGAAGAGAGAGAACAGCUCCUGGGGUGGAAACUGACUGGAGAGAAGAGAAGCUCAGAGUACCUGGGAAAGACAGAAGCUGAGAGAGAGAAAAUUGUGUCUCAAUUUAAGCAGCUGCACCAAUUUCUGGAGGAAGAAGAGCGAAUCCUGCUGGCCCGACUGGGAGAGCUGGAGAAGGAGAUUGUGAAGCUGCAGGGUGAAAAUAUCACCAAACUCUCCGCGGAGAUUUCCCGUCUCAGCGAGCUGAUCAGCGAGAUGGAGGGGAAGUGCCAGCAGCCAGCAAGUGAAUUCCUGCAGGACGUCAGAAGCACCUUGAGCAGGUGCGAACAGGGGAAGUUCCAGCAGCCAGUGGAGAUUUCUCCUGAUCUGGCAAAGCGACUUGGUGAUUUUACCCAGAAAAACAUUGUACUAAAGGAGCCUCUGAAGAAAUUCCAAGACGCUCUGAUGUUUGAAUUGCAGACAGCAAUGACUCUGGAUCCAGACACGGCUCAUCCCCAACUCAUCCUGUCUGCGGAUCAGAAAAGUGUGAGACUGGGGGAGACACGGCAGCAAGUGCCCAACAACCCUGAGAGAUUUGACACUGCACGCUGCGUGCUGGGCUGUGAGGGAUUCACCUCAGGGAGACAUUGCUGGGAGGUGGAGGUGGAGGCUGGGCGAUACUGUGCUGUGGGGGUGGCCAGAGAGUCUGUGAGGAGGAAGCGGGGGUUGACUUUUAACCCUAAGGAGGGGAUCUGGGCUGUGCAGUGGCUGCAUGGGGAUCGAUAUCAGGCUCGCACCUCCUCUGAGACCACAGUGUCAGUGGGCUGGGUCCCCAGCAGGAUCCGGGUUUGUGUGGACUGUGACGAGGGGCGGGUGGCAUUUUUCAGUGCUCACAACAAGGCCCCAGUCUUCACUUUCCCACCAGCGUCUUUCAAGGGGGAGAGAAUCCGCCCUUGGUUCUGUUUCUGGGGCAGUGAACCUGAAACCGAGUUGAGACUCUGUUCCUGAUACACAGGGUUAUCUGUCUGCCUGCAGGCUAUGAAAUGGGCUUCUCUAGCCUCUGGCACCCUCAUUUCUACACCCUGGAAUCUAGAGUGGGCUGGUGACCUGUUCUCCCCCCUCCAAAACACCAACCAAACAAAACCACCCAACCCUCAGGGACAUGGACCAGCCUGUUUGUCACUGUUCUCUAUGAUCCCGGAGUACUCUAGCAUUCUGUGUGGUCAGAGAGCAAGAGUUGUUGUCCUGGGUGAGGGAGGACAGUACAGGUGGCAAAUCUUUGGGGCAGGGGAGGGACAGGAGAAAAUGGUUAAUCUUCACUUUUGAUGAGAGUUUUCUAGAAUUUAGCAAAUUCUCGUCUCCUGCUGGGUAAAAUAUAGCAAUAAACCCAGGAGCCAUCAGAACUAGUUGAUUCACCAGUGUGGGGUUUGUUUGCUUUUUACUGACAUGCUCGGUGGGGUCAAGGUGGGUUAUAGGCCAUUGGAAUUGCAACAACAGUAAUGAUCAUGCCUCUGCUAGGCCACAUUCAGGUGCUUUCACCCAGAGUCUGUUGGAUCUGAAUUUCCCAGCCCGGGACAUGUAGCUAGCUACUGGUUUAUACUUUGUAUAGACCAGCGUCACAUAUGUAGUUGUGCGGCACCUCUACUGGCCGUGUUCAGAAACUAAAGGGCAUCAUCAUCUGUUCGAGACCUUGAAUGUAUGGUUUGUGCUUUACAAAAUGGCGUCCUGACCCCUCACGUACAGUAUGUGUGAGGUCAUGACCUCACUCGUAUGGUGUAUGAGAGGUCAUGCCAUGCUGAGGAUACUAUUUUGUAGAGCUGGUCUGUUGCAGGGACGGAUGCGUUCGGGGACCAGACAGAAUUGUCCUGUGGGUGGAUCUGGCCCAUGGGCCACCAGCUGAACUAGCUUUAUAGGUAGGGUGACCACCCAUCCCUUAUAUCAAGGGCCUGUCUCUUAUUUCAUUGAUGUGUCCCUUAGGGUGGCCACCCAUCCCUUAUUUAAAGGGAUGUCCCUUGACCACAGUCAGCAUUAAAUUGAUGAUGAUGAUUGCAUUGUAUAUUUAAGGGCAGUAGGAAUUAACUCUUGAGAGAAACGUGCGUGAUGUGCUACGGGAAAUGGUAUUUGCCUAAAAUGUCCUUGAAAAUAAAGAAU